AAAGAGGAGAGUGCUGUUGUUUUUGAGUACUCGGGACCACUGAGCCCCGCCCCCGGAGGUCUCAUAUGACUGAACGGACCUCGAAAUAGAGUCUGGGAACCCGAUCUGUUGAAAUGACAACACUUCACGCGUGGUGCGCAUGUUAUCUACUGUGUGUGCGCGCGAGGCUGGGCACGUUGACCUACAUGUGAGGAGGGAGCAUUUGGUGGUCUUGAGGUGCCCCACCCUGGUACACCGCACCGAAGGCCUCCCUGGCACGUCACAUCCCCCACCUCCGGUCGACCAUCCCUUUUCUACGGCUGUUUUUUUUUUUGGGGGGGGGGGGCGGGGGCUCUGCAACGCCAAACGAAGGCGAACCACGUGAGCGAACGGUUGCAGCCGACUGAGGAGGACCUGAGACGAGAAGGAGUGAGUGAGGAAGCCUCUGUUCUUGUUUUCGCCUACUUCCUGCUUGCAAUUAUAACACCCCCCACGCCCCCCGCUCGUCCAAACUCGCAAGCCGCUUCUGCGCAUUUCGGACACCGAGGCACUUCCACGCCUCGCGUAAGACGUCAACGGCUGUCGUCACGAACACGCAAGGCGCGCCAUGGCCCGCGGCAGAGGCGGCGAGAGCGACCGGAGCCUCGACGGCGCCGCCUAGCGUACAAUGAGCAGCGGGUCAGCGCGCGCAUCAACGGGAUGGCCUCAGACGGGCCGGACGACGAAAGACGAGCCGCGGGGGCCCAAGCCCCGGACGGUGGCUGGGGCUGGGUUGUGCUGGUGGCCACCAUGCUGGUUCUGGCGCUGACGCUGGCCUUCCCGUCCUGCGUGGGGAUUUUCUACAACGACCUGCAGAGGGACUUCCACGCCUCCAACAGCCAAACUUCCUGGGUGCCCUCCAUCAUGACGGCCGUGCUCCAUGCGGGAGGCCCCGUGUGCAGCGUGUUGUUGGAGCGACUGGGAUGCCGAGCGACCGUCAUGUUGGGCGGAGUCCUGAGCGGACUGGGGAUGGCCGCCAGCUCCUUCACGCACUCCAUUGGCCAACUCUACGUCACGGCCGGCGUCAUCACCGGUUUGGGUUUCUGCCUGAGCUACCAGCCGGCCGUGACCAUCCUGGGUCAGUAUUUUGUGCGACGCCGCGCCUUCGCCAAUGCCAUCUCAUCUACGGGCACGGCGCUGGGCUUGUGUACGCUUCCGGUGCUGGCCAACUUCCUGCACGGCGAGCUGGGAUGGAGGGGAAGCUUUCUGGUUUUGGGAGGCGUACUGCUCAACUGCUGCGUAUGCGGCGCCGUGAUGCGGCCUCUGGCGCAGACGCCGACGGAGACGCCGGCGGUGGGUCGCGAGCCGUCGCCCGAGUCAGGUUGCGUCGGGACGUCUAGCAGGAUUCAAGCUUGUGUGAGCAAACACAUGGCCCUGGACCAGCUGCUGCACAACCGGCGCUAUCGCGUCUAUGCUGUGGCCAUCACGUGGACCAUGCUGGGCUUCGUGGUGCCGCUGAUCUACCUGGUGCCCUACGCCACUGACAACCACAUGGACGCGGGCCGGGCGGCGUCCCUGCUCUCCGUGCUGGGACUGGUCAACAUCGCCGUGCGACCACCUGUCGGCGUGAUCUUCAACCUGCCGUGGUUCCGGGGCCGCCACGUGUACGUGUUCUCUGGUGCGCUGCUGGUCAACGGGCUGAGCAACGCCGUGUGCUGCCUAGGGCCGACGUUCCCGGUGCUGCUGAGCUACGUGCUGCUCUACGGGCUCUCCAUGAGCGUGGUGGGCUCCCUCAUGUUCACAGUCCUGAUGGACGUGGUUGAUAUGAGUCGCUUCGCCUCGGCGCUCGGCCUCCUCGCCAUCAUGGAGAGCGUCACGUUGUUGGUCGGACCUCCGCUGGCCGGAAUCCUGGUGGACUCGACGGGGCAGUACUUCUACGUCUUCUUGGCCUGCAGUGCCAUCGUGGCCUCGGCCGCCAUCUUCCUGGUCGUCGCCUUUUGGUGGAUGGAUGCCGACGAGCGUGCCCGACAUGGCGGCCAAAGAGCGAGUCAAGAAGAAAGCUGCCAUGACCCAGUUGUUGACUCUCUUGACGUCUGCAGGCCGCCAGGUGGCGCUAUGACAUAAACAAAACAAACCGAUUUGUGCUUGUGAUACUGUAUCAUAAACAUUACAAUAGCCAAGCUUCGACAGGCAUGCGAUUAUUUCUUUGGAAAACAAACAAAACAAAGUCUCGUCUGAUCUUUGUCGGGCAACUGAGAUUACCAUUAUUUAUUACUUUCAUUGUAUGAUUUGGAUCAGAUUUCUUUAUUUAAAUUUGUCAUCAUCUUAAUGGAAAGCAUUUUAUAGUCUUAGUACAUUACUCUUAUAAGAUGAUUGUUUUGAUAUUAGAGUCUUACUGCACAAUUUUCAUUUCUGUCAUUAUUAGAAUAUUAUAAUACUCUUCUUAGCUUUGGUUAUUUGAUUCAUAGUUUUGUAAUGCUCUUACUAUAUUAUCAUUUAUCAUCAUUUGAAUGAGUGAGUGAUGUGAGAAGCUAAAAACUGCAAAUGUUAUCAUUUUGUUUUAAUCUUGUUUGAAUGUUAUUAUAAAUCUUAUCAAUUCAAUAUAUUAUUAUUAUUACGUUUC